AUGCCGUGGAGAUCCAGGACAUUGACUAAAUACUCAGUUGGGCCCACAGAAAAUGCCAACAGUGAUUCUGACUUUGCCUUUCAGCAUGUUGGCAAUGAACCCAGCGUUGACAGCCCCGGCAACUUGCCUGGAGCGGGAUUCUCAGAAGAAAACCUUUUUGGAGAUUUUGAAAUUGCUGAGCAUGAGACUGGAUGCAAGGACUUUCAUUUUGAUUGCAUCCCUGUUGAAGGCAAUAGUUUGUCUCAACAAGGAGCGCUGGACCUGAGCGCAAAGCUUGUUCCUCGAGGCCCCACGUUGACGGAGGCCAGUUUUGAGCAGCACUUGUCGCAUGCGUUUCUUAGCACUAGAGGGCCUUUGAAAGUGGUCAUGCCUUGGGAGAAAGGAGUCUUCAAGAAGGUAUUCAAAAAACCUGAGAAUUUGUUGCACAACGUUUUCAAACAGCCGCGGCAAUGGGUUGGACUUGAUGUUGUGCCUGAAGUGGAAACAAUGGAUGAGUUUUCAUCCGCAGUGGGCAGCCGUCAUCAGCUGGUCGGGGCCUUUUAUGAGCAUGCGCUGUCAUCCAUUUCAGACCAGUCCUUCUUGCAAGAGCGUCAGAAUCUUUUGGCAGCUGCAGUGGGAAAAUGGUUUUGUAUCAUCAGGGUCAACAUGCUUGCUUCAACAGUUGGACAUGACAUCAUUGGACUGGGCAACAUGGAGGACCAGAAGAAAGGCGCCUUUCAGGUCAUUGAAGCUGUAAUAGGCGUAAGAUCCAGAACCACGGCUGUCACAAGGGCCAAUGCUUUGCUCAAGUUUUUGAGAUGGAGAGCCGAUACCUCAGAAAAUGACGGAAAGGAUUUUUCAGAGUUGGAAGCGUGGAGCUAUUUGCUGGAGUUGAGAGAGAAGGGUGCAGCACCAACCAGGGGUACCAGCUUCCUUUCGGCUUGUGCCUACGCACUGCAUGUGUUUGGAUUUACUGGAUUUGAGUCCAUUUGUUCAAGCAGGAGGCUCAAGGGCUUGGCAGAAAUCAUGCAUUCUGCAAAGGCGCCACUGAAGCAGGCCUUGGUCUUGACGGUGAGUCAGAACGUGGAGGAUGUGCUCCUGGAUUUUGGGCCUGAAGGUGGGUUCAUGGAAGUGACAACCAGGACUCACAAGACAGCAAGGACGGUGACACAGAAGUCAAAGCUUCUCCCAAUUGUUCUUCCUGCAUUGGGUAUCACGGGCAGUGAGUGGAUAUCAACAGCAAAGGCUGUCUUUGAGGAAUAUGGUCUUUGCCUGGAGGGCAAAAUUGCUGGCCCACUUUUCAGGCCGCCUGGAGCCUCAGGAGAGCCGCAUUGCAAAAGGGGCAUCACUUCACAGGAGGUGACACGUUUCCUCCGUCUUAUGUUGGAGGACGAGGCAUCAGUGCAGAGUGUUGAAAGAGUGUCUUCACACUCGUUGAAGGCAACAGUUCUUUCUUGGGCAUCAAAAGCCUGUAUGAGUGCUUCUGACAGAGCUGUUUUGGGUAGGCACUCUAGCGCCUACGGUGAAUCCAGUGCAGUUUAUGCCAGGGACCUUGCAAUUGGUGCAGUGUCAAGGUUGCAAGAGGUGCUCAACAGCAUUUGCUCUGGGGAGUUUUGCCCAGAUGCAGCCAGGUCUGGGUAUUACCCAGCGCAACCUCAGGUGCAUGAGGCAGUGCCACAGCUUGGAAAAGAAGUAGUUAAAGUCGAUGAUGAGCAAACGGAAGAAGAGCCAUGUGAGACAGCUCCUGAGAAGGGAGAGGUGCCUGCAGUGGAGAGCUGCGAAGGGUCUUCAGAUGGAUCGGAGUCCAUGGAGGAUUCAGAAUCUGGAGAAGAAAUCUCCCAGCCGGCGCCCAAGUGCUUUAGGCACAAUGCAGUGGGGCCCUUGGCAGGACAUUUCGUGGUGCACAAUGUCUCAAAGUUGGUUCACUACACGGACCCGAGCUUGGUGGAUGGCCAUGGAGCCAGAAUGAUCUCCUGUGGAAGAUCCCUGAAUCAGAAUUAUAAAUACAUCACACAGUUUGAUUCAUUUGAUGUAUGCAAAAGGUGUAGGAGCAACGCUGUCAAAGACGGUUUGCUUCCGAAGGCACUUGCGUAG